CAGAGUUGUCUCUGACUCUCUGCCGGAGCUGUCCGGCUGACGUUUAAUAAUCUCCCUUCAGUCAUUUGGCUUUUUUCCCACCUUGCUUUGCGAAAAUGGAAUUAUUUUCUCGCUAUCUGGAUAGAAGCAAUUCAGUCAGCUCUGUCUGUCAGGACAUUAUAAAAGAGGACAACCUCAGAGAUGACCUGAGGUAUUAUUUCAUGAGCCCCUGUGAGAAGUACAGAGCCCGAAGACACAUUCCCUGGAAAAUGGGAGUCCAGAUCCUGAAAAUCAUCAUGGUCACGACACAACUCGUCCUGUUCGGCCUCAACAACCAGCUGGUGGUUUCCUAUAAGGAAGAGAACACCAUGGCGCUCAAACACCUUUUCUUAAAAGGCUACAGCGGGGUCGACGAGGACGACUACAGUGUUGCCGUCUACACGAAGCACGACGUCUAUGAAAGUCUGUUUUAUGUCAUGGAUCAGCACAGUCAGCUGGACCAGCUCUCUGUGGGCCCGAUCAGUUACGCAGAGGAUGAAAAUAGCAAGUUGCUGCCCCUCACCAUAUGUAAAGAGUACUAUAGGAGGGGCAGCGUGGAGCCUUCAGAUGAGAUCUAUGACAUCGAUGCUCAGCUGGAGACGGUUUGUAUGUCACACGAUCCAAAGACUGCAAACCUGUGGAGAACAGAGAAUUCCUCCUUUUUUAAUCUGGAUUUUUACAGACUUGUCGACAUCAAAAUAACCUUCCAGUUGAAGGGAAUCAACCUCCAGACGGUGCGUUCGCGAGAGUUGCCCGACUGCUACUCCUUCUUUGUUACGAUAACGUUCGAUAACCAGUGUCACAGUGGAAAGGUGAAACUAUUCCUGGACAUAGACGCUGAAAGCAGCGCGUGCCGAGACUGGAAGAUAUCGGGGACGGCUCAGAAGAACACACACUAUCUGCUGGUCUUUGAUGCCUUCGUUAUUCUGAUGUGCCUCACAUCAGCCGUGCUGUGCACUCGCUCCAUCAUACUGGCCGUCAGGUUACUGCAGAACCUUACAAAUUAUGACGUGUGCAGUAUUUUCCUGGGGACGUCCACAUUACUGGUGUGGGUCGGAGUGAUCAGGUACCUGGGAUACUUCCAGAAAUACAACGUGCUGAUCCUAACCAUGAAGGCAAGUUACCAGAAAAACGGGUUCCCGCAGACCGACCUGCAGAAGUUUCUCCACGAGCCGACAGAGCUGCCUAAUAUAGAGGAGAGCGAUCAGACAGACGUCAGAGUCAGACACUCUGUGCUCUGCUACUGCCAGUGAGUUCCAGCAAAUGAUGAUGUCAUACUUAUCAGCUGACGGCUGCCCCGCCUCUGGAUGAGACAGUUUAGGGAGGAAAAUGCUGGGAACAAUACGUCACAUGUCUGAGACAAACUUCUCAACACUGAAACUGAAAAAAUCCUGGUGAAUGUAGAUUUACACGUGUAACAUCCCGUCAGGUGCGAUAAGAAAGACCAAAUGAGUUUCCUCCACUGAACGGGAGUCAGGAGCUCCAGAUGCGGAGCUGGAACUGGGACUAAGAAGAAGUGGUUGCUUGGAUUAAUUGUAUAUGUUUAAAAUACUGCUUAGAUGUUUAUUUGGCCAAAGAGUUUGGUCGAGUGCUGUUGGGGAAUGUACAACAUUAAAGUUAAUUUAUUAAGUGUUGAAGUAAAGGUUGCAGCAAGGCUAA